GGUAACUCUGUCAAGCUCCGAGCUUCCGUUACUGGGCCGGUUCCCUCGGACGGUGAUGGUCCUGCGUCUCAGGUGUGUCAGCAGUGCUGCCUGGGACCUGCUGCAAUACCCGGCAUACCAGGUCUGCCUGGGCCAGCAGGACCGAUGGGGCCGUACGGUCAGCCGGGGUCAAAGGGCGAUGCAGGUCAGCAAGGUGAGAUUGGCCCUAUUGGCCCUAUUGAACCUGGUGAGCGGGGAGCACCUGGGAACAGUGGGUCUAAAGGAAAUAAUGGGAUUGGUCUACCCGGCAAGAUAGGUCCGAGAGGGCUACCUGGUUUUGUUGGAGGAACUGGGGAAACUGGUGUCAAAGGUCAGAAGGGUGAGCCAGGGGAGACACCAGACGACUCUAAACAGCGGGUAGCAUUCACCGUGGUGAGGACGAGCAACUCGGAUACCUCUAGGAGUCACGACACCCGUUUGCCCUUCCAGCAGACCGAGACGCUUCUGCCGGGUACCACCUUUGAUCUCGAGACCGGCACGUUCACCUGUAGUGUGGCGGGCACCUACGUAUUUACGUUUUCUAGCCUUGAGUAUAGCCACAGCGAUUCUUUUAGCAUCCAUCUUGUUAAAAACGACUACAAGGUUAUCAGUACCUAUGGUCACUCGAAUCAACGAGGUCAGUUGUCUGGUAGCGCGGUUAUGGUCCUGCAGCGAGGAGACUCGGUGUAUCUUACCAUGUACGGUAGGGCGCAGGGUUCUUCGACCUAUCACUACACCUCAUUCAGUGGCUUCCUCCUU